CGAGUCAUCGGAAAGGUCGAAAAACUACAUAGCUCCAAUUUUACAAGAUAUAUCUUUCACCCGAACCAUUGAACAAAUGUUAUUUUCUGCAUGGAUGAUAAUGAACUCUCCUGAGACAAAAAUAUCCAUAUGAUCUCCGUUUUCUGAAAUGAAUGAACAAGAUCGUAACUGACGAAAAUCAAAUUCAACUAGCUCUAUAGUGACGUCACUUGUACAUUGAGUCGAUAACAAUCUCGAGACAAUGGAAAGGGAUACCCCUUCAGUGACUUAAUGAUAUUCUCUUUCGAAAGUUUUAAUUUGGCGGGAAUCGAUGACUUCGAAUACGUAGAUAGUUUCCGAACAAAUUUCGUGUGUGCAAGCCGCUGAUCUCACUGCAAUAUGAUGCGAAAAGAAGGACCAUCAUCAUGAACGUCGGAAUCUGAUGAAUCUAAAUCUUCAUCAUGCUUUGGGAGCGCCCUCUACAGGUAUUGGUGAUCAUGGCAACAUACUCUCUCAUUUUCUCUCUCGUCUAUGUCACCCUCAUUUACAAACCGACCGGAGAAUUGACCGAACCCGCCUCCAACGACCGAUCACGUUCCAUGCGACAAAAGCUUGAAUCCCGACGAAAACAUGGAAACAACAAUCCAAUCUUGGGGACAAACUCAACAUCGAAUUCAGACCCGAUUCCUCAGAAAGUCAAACCGGCUCCUGAGAAGUUUCGCAGGGCUCAGCAUGAGGGAUAUAUUGACAUAUUGUCAGGGGAGCCACUCCGACUCUUCUGCAGUUCCUGUGCUGUGGUAUCCAGCUCGGGCCAUCUCCUCAACACUAGCUCGGGAUCCGAGAUCGAUGCGACCGAGUGUGUCUUCCGAAUGAACAAUGCUCCCGUGAGGGGGUUCGAAAAUGACGUCGGUACCAGGACGACACUGAGGUCGAUCGCCCACGUCAAUCUGGUGAGGUCGUUUGAGAAGACUGACAAGGCGCGUAAAGAGUUGCUCCAAGACGUGGACACCAAAAGUGAUUACUUAUUGAUUAAUUGGAUGAACAGGGUGAAUGUAAGGAAACUACAAGACCGUGAAUACCGCUAUGCCGUGCUACUUGCACACCUCUACCCCGGAGUGAAGUUUUAUGCUUUCAAUUCAGAUCAGAUGAGAUAUGCAGAGAAGGUCUUCAGAGAUGAGACAGGACUCACAAGGCAACAAGCCAACACGUGGCUGAGUACUGGUUGGUUUACCAUGCUUGCUGCUAUGGAUAUCUGCAAUGAAAUUAAUGUCUACGGAAUGGCUAAUGAUGAUUACUGCUCAUCUACAAGCAAUGAAUCCCACAAAAUCCCUUACCAUUAUUACGAACCGAUGGGGAUGAAAGAGUGCACCUACUACAAUGUGAGUGAAACGCGCCUUGACGGGGGACAUCUUUUCAUCACAGAGAAAGCUGUUUUCAAACGAUGGGCAUCGAAACAUCGACUAUCUUUCAAGCAUCCAUCAUGGGAAAUAGGCCCAGAAUCGGACGAACCACUAGAUUCUCCCUUUUUAAGGAAGUAUCACCAGCUAAUGAAAGAAACCAACUACGCCAUCCGGAGUGUAAGGGACUACAUGAAGCUGGAGCGUGAAGCUCGUCGCAUAGUCCAAACAGAGGAUAGACUGGUUGAACUGAAACGCGGGAAUGAGACCUUCAUUAUUGAGAAGGAACAGUUGAUGAAGAAAGUCCUGGAACUUGUACCAGGGGCCAGGCCCAUCCCGCAUAAAAAGACCGAGUCAAGAAUGGAGGUGAAGCCCCGGAAAGGAAAUGCUGCAUUUCAUAAAAACAGAGACCGAGAUAAGAGAAAUAAAUCGAGAAAGAAACAGAGGAAUGACACAAAAGAGAAAGUACGAAACAAUAACGGCCAACGGAAGCACGAGGAAAAUGGUAAAAGAUAACAGCUGCUAACAUCGUGCAAUCGACAAAUUGAACAGUUCUAUUCCGUUUUUAUUAUAUACCCAGAGACCUAAACUAUAUGACAGUUUGCCUGCUCUUUCGCAAUAAACAAAAAAUACCGUAGGGAAAGGGGGCUUGGGGGCCUUGCGCCCCACAAAAAAAGAAAGGGAAAAAAAGGAAAAGGGUAAAUGAUUGAAUAUGGUAUCGUGUUCUGUGUUCUAUUAUGUCAAAAUCUGUGUUAAACAAGUGACAAACUUUGGCACAUUUUAGACAUUUUGUUCCAUACAUCAUCCCUGGCUGACACCCUCAAAAUGUGUGGCUUAUUAAUUAUUACGUUGUGCCGUUCAGCUUUGAAAUCAUUGGCUGUGUAUAUGUUAAAAUAUUUGUUGCGGCAAUAAUGCUAAAGAAAAUGAUGUUCAUGAUGUUAGUGAUAUCAACACUAAAAUAGCGCAUAAUAUCGAUCCAUCUUUCAACUCUCAUAUGGUCUAUGAAUUGACAAACAUUGUGAAAAUUAUAAACAAUAUACGACAAGUUAAAGGGCAUGUUCACCCCAAUAAAAUGUUUAUCGGAAUAAAAAGAGAAAAAUUAGAGAAGCAUAACCUUGAGAAAAUCAUCGAAAUCGGAUGUUAUUUUUUUUAAUGGUGUUGUUCUGAAAUUUGGCUUAAUUUCACAAAUCAGAUAUUAUGCCCAUCCUGUCAUUAUGUAAAUGAAGGAACCUAUAACGUCACCCAUUCAGUAUUUUUAUUUUGUAUUUAUCAAAGGAAAUUUUUCCUCUCAUUGUAGGCCCCUAUUGUGAAACAAAUUUAUGUAAAAAAAAGUCCUGCUUGAUCAUGUGGAUUGGCAAUUAUUCUGAUUUGAUGAAUAGUCUCCAUUAUUAUCAAAUCUGCAAAAAAAAAUGAAAUAAAGUAAAUUUUAAAAAAUGAAGACACCAAAGAUAUAGUUAGUGGGUGAGUGACAUCAUCAAUUUUUUUGAUGGCGUAAAGCCUUCCAUUUUCUUUAUUUCCAGUAAUAUCAUUCUAUUAAAAAUAUUCCAGAAUAUUUCAAUUUGCAAACUGGAAAAUGAACGAAAUAAUCGACUGUCGUCAGGUAAACGGCUAAAAUCUCUGUCCACAUAAAAACGAUGUCAUAGCAUUGCAGCCAGAGAGUUGUGCAAGAAGCCCAAUUACGAUGUUUUUAAUUUGCCCGUUUCUAUUAUGGAAAUCUGUGAAAAUGCAUUAAUCCAGUGUAACUUAACUUGUUUUACUUCGCUGUUUAAUCAAUCAACUAGAUUUUGUUUCAUGAGCUAGAUCUAUAAACUUUUUAAGUUAUGAUGACAAUUCAACACAUACUCCUGGGCUCCUAACACGGCCAGAAUUUAUUGAAUUUUGAAUGACGUCUGAUCAUGGCCAUGUUCCUGCAUUUUUAUGAAACGCGCACAGGGUAUUCAGGGAUACAUUGCUGCUCUUAUGUCCACGUUUCAUGAACUAGAUCCAUACACUUUCAAAGUAACAUGUAUGAUGACAAUUCCACAAAUACCCCCGACAAUACCAAAGUUUGUUGAAUGCCCCUAAAUCACCCUUUACCUUGGCCAUGUGACCUGAAUCUCGCACAGGAUGUUGAAGGAUACUUGAUUGCUCUUAUGCCCGCGUUUCAUGAACUAGAUCCAUGAAAUUUCAAAGUAACAUGUAUGAUGACAAUUUCUCAAAUAACCCCAACAUGGCCAAAGUUCGUUGACCGUAAGUGACCUUUGACCUUAUUCAUAUGACCUGAAACUCAGGCAGGAUCUUUAGUGAUACACCAUUAGCCUUAUAUCUAAGUUUUAUGAACUUGGUCCAUACA